UGUAGAAAACGUACCGGACUGCCGAUAUCUUCCCCGACGGAGGACUUCCAUCCGGCGAUGGGAAGCCACCAGGAAAGAGAGGAGAACGGAGGGGCGGCGGCGGAGGGGCAAGAGAUCUCGGCGCCAGGAUCCAUCCAUGGCUUCGAGUCCCUCCAUCGCCUCCUCGAGGCGAAUCUGAAGCCCCCGAUCUUCCAGGAAGUUAGCCGCUUGCUGCUGGGACUGAACUCUUGGAGCCCUCUCCAGCGGAUUUCUUUGCCCAUGGCUGCGACCACUCUAUCUGAAGCAUAUAAUUUUGAUUUGCAGGCUUUUUGCUUCCAUGCUGAUGCAGAGUAUUUGAGGGAACCACAAAUUGUACGUGUUGGCCUCAUCCAGAAUUCUAUCGCUCUUCCAACUACUGCACACAUUGCAGACCAAAAGAAUGCUCUCAUGCAAAAGGUGAAACCCAUGAUUGAUGCAGCUGGAGCAUCUGAUGUCAAUAUAUUAUGCUUACAAGAGGCUUGGAUGAUGCCAUUUGCUUUCUGUACUAGGGAGAAGAAAUGGUGUGAAUUUGCAGAGCCUGUUAAUGGAGAAUCGACUCAGUUUCUCCAAAAACUUGCGAGGAAAUAUAAUAUGGUCAUCGUGAAUCCCAUUCUUGAAAGGGAUGUAAACCACGGGGAAACCAUUUGGAACACUGCUAUUGUAAUUGGAAACCAUGGCAAUAUCAUUGGCAUUCAUAGAAAGAAUCACAUUCCUAGAGUUGGGGAUUUUAACGAGAGCACGUAUUAUAUGGAAGGAAACACCGGACACCCUGUGUUUGAAACAGCUUAUGGAAAGAUUGCAAUAAACAUCUGUUAUGGAAGGCACCAUCCCUUAAAUUGGUUAGCUUUUGGGCUUAAUGGAGCUGAGAUUGUCUUCAACCCUUCUGCAACUGUUGGGGAACUCAGUGAACCAAUGUGGCCUAUUGAGGCUCGGAAUGCUGCCAUCGCAAAUAGUUAUUUUGUUGGGUCAAUUAAUCGUGUUGGUACUGAAAUAUUUCCUAAUGCAUUCACUUCUGGUGAUGGGAAGCCUGAACAUUCGGAUUUUGGUCAUUUCUAUGGUUCUAGCCAUUUUUCAGCACCAGAUGCUUCUUGCACCCCAUCCCUUUCACGCUACAGAGAUGGAUUAAUGGUUUCAGACAUGGAUCUGAACCUGUGCAGACAGUUAAAAGACAAAUGGGGUUUCCGCAUGACUGCACGAUAUGAACUAUAUGCUGAAAUGCUUUCUAAGUACCUAAAGCCUGAUUUCACUCCACAGGUCAUCGUUGAUCCCAUGUUGCAGAAGAGAAAAUAAAUUUGACAAAAGAAAUGAUUUGGCUGCUUCGGAACAGUUAUUCCUGCUGUUUCAUUGAUCAGGAAGGCUAAAACAGAUAUCAAGUGGCACGGAAAAUAAACAUCGGCACUGAGGCUAGUGAUCGGUGGCAAGGGCAUUCAUAUUGUUCUUUGAUGAUGCCUAGUAAAGUGUAAACCGGAAACAAUGUAAGUGGUUCAUCUCCCAACCAAGGUGCUUGCAAGAGGACUUUGACUAACUUGAGUAAUCAUGAGUCAUCUUACACA